GACCCCCGACCCCCGACCCCGUCCCCGGCCGAGGAUGAUGAAGCUCAAGUCGAACCAGACCCGGACCUACGACGGCGACGGCUACAAGAAGCGGGCCGCCUGCCUCUGCUUCCGCACCGACAGCGAGGAGGAGGUGCUGCUGGUGAGCAGCAGUCGUCACCCCGACCGAUGGAUCGUCCCCGGGGGAGGGAUGGAACCCGAAGAGGAGCCCAGCGUGGCGGCCGUCCGGGAAGUCUGUGAGGAGGCUGGAGUGAAAGGGACAUUGGGAAGAUUAGUAGGAAUUUUCGAGAACCGGGAGAGGAAACAUAGGACAUUUGUCUAUGUGCUCAUCGUCACAGAAGUGUUGGAAGACUGGGAGGACUCGGUGAACAUUGGAAGGAAAAGGGAAUGGUUUAAGAUAGAAGACGCCAUAAAAGUGCUGCAGUACCACAAACCGGUCCAGGCCUCCUACUUUGAAACGUUGAGGCAAGGCUGUUUGGCAAACAACGGUACCCCGGUCAUGGCCACCACGUACUCGGUUACCAGUCACAGCCCAAUGUCAGACGUCAGAUGACUCGAGAUCCCUUCGAGGCGAAAACGGAAAUUGGAAAAUAAGACUGAAAUACGGAUCUCCUUCCCUCUCGCUCCUCCUCUCUCCCUCCCUUCACUUGCCUCCUCUUUCACAUAAGGUCUGGGUGUCAGCCCGAAGCAGAGGAAGCGUGCAUUGGUGAUGUGGCUGUUCCAUGUAAAAUGCGGG